AACCCAACUGAAUCCAACGGGACACGAGAGCGACGUCAUGGUGCUGGAGGUGGGCACCGCCGUGGGAAUACGAACCACCUCCACUUGGGCUGCAGGUCCAGCCGCCCGGCGCAGAUCACGGGGCCAGGUCGUCUCCUUCGCCCUCGCUCCCGCGUCGUCCCGCCGGGUCCGGCACCGUUGCCGCGCGAUGCAACAGCACGAGGAGGAGCAGGAGCGGCCGCCGACCGUCCGCGCGGUCACCAUCCCCUUCGCCGACCUCAGGGUGCCGGACAGGGACCUUGGCGACAAGAUCGAGGAAGGUCUGGGUCCCCAUGGGCUCGGCAUCGUCACCAUUGCCGAUGUACCUGAGUUUCCAGAGCUAAGAAAAAGGCUGCUGCGCUUGGCACCCAGGAUUGCAAACCUUCCUGAAGAGGUGAAGAAACAGCUUGAAGAUCCAGAUAGCAGAUAUAACUUUGGGUGGAGUCAUGGGAAGGAGAAACUCGAGUCCGGGAAACUUGACACAUUUAAAGGUUCCUUUUAUGCGAACCCUGUUUUGGAUGUCCCUACUACUGAUGAUGUGCUUGUAAGUAGGUAUCCAUCAUAUUGCCGACCAAAUAUAUGGCCAAACGAUAAUCUUCCUGAGCUUGAGAUAGCAUUUAAAGAUCUUGGGAAGCUGAUGAUGGAAGUUGGUUUGAUGUUGGCUCAUCAUUGUGAUCGCUAUGUAAUGAGGCAAGGAGUAGGGUCAUAUGAUGGUGACAGUCUUGAGCAGACAAUUGCUCGUUCAAGGUGUCACAAGGGUCGUCUGUUGUACUAUUUCCCACGACAGUUUAGCAAGCAGACAGACUUCGACUCGGUUUCAUCAUGGUGUGGAUGGCACACUGAUCAUGGAUCUCUAACAGGGCUUACAUGUGGCUUGUUUACGAAGAAUUCUAUGGAGGUACCAUGUCCAGACAGUGCAGCUGGACUAUACAUUCGGACUCGUGAUAACCAAGUUGUUAAGGUUGUGUUCGACGAGGAUCAGCUAGCUUACCAAAUCGGGGAAACUACUGAAAUACUGUCAAGAGGUUAUCUAUGUGCAACCCCACACUGUGUGCAGGCACCCAGCAGCGAAAAUGCUUCAAAUGUUGACCGCUCUACUUUUGCCUUGUUCAUGCAACCAGAUUGGAAUGAGAAGCUGAAGUUUCCAAGCGAAAUCCCCUAUCACCAAGAGUUGAUUCCACCAAACGGAACGCUGACUUUCGGGGAGUACUCAGAAAGGCUGGUAGACAAGUAUUACCAGACAACAACGUAGAGCAUACCUCAAGAAAAGCUACCGUCCAUACGUUCGUACCAUCAAGUGUGUUCUUGUGUAUUCAUUUUUAGCUUUGAUCAUAACUCUGUACAAAAUAUAGUCGAUCAUCGAAUCGAAUACAGCGCACAGUAAUGUAUCACGCCUAUUGCU